AUGCGGCUUUUGUUGAGCGUGUGGUCGGAUUGGGACGUCGUGAUAUGGAACUCGGCAAUUAGUUCCGUUGAGGAUCAUAAUUUGGGUCUCAACAUCUUUAGGAAGAUGGCGGAAAGGGAUAUCGUGUCAUACAAUACGAUCAUUUCUUCCUACGGAUUCCAUGGCCAUGCCAGGCAAGCGCUGCUGCUUUUCGAUGAGAUGAAAUCUCUGGCAAUGAGGCCAAGUGGAGCGACUUUCGUGGGACUCCUCUCCGCCUGCAGUCAUGCAGGGCUAGUGGAUGAGGGUCGCAGCCUCUAUCAUUCCAUGGUCGUUGACUAUGGCAUACGGCCCAAUGUGGAACACUACUCAUGCAUGGUGGACCUUCUUGGUAGAGCAGGACGGAUUGGUGAUGCGUGUGAUAUUGUUAGGGCGAUGCCUGAGGAACCGAAUGCUAGUGUUCUGGGGUGCUUGCUUGCUGCGUGUCGGCUCCACAAUGUGGAUCUUAUCGGUGAAGAUAUUCUCCAAGAUAAACUGGAUGACUCUGGCUACCAUAUCCUUAUUUCGAACAUGUAUGCAUCGAGAAAGAGAUGGAGAGAUGCCUCGAGGGUUAGAGCUCUGAUAAAGGAGAAAGGAUUGAGAAAGAAACCGGGUAAGAGUUGGACGCAGAUAGGUCACCACACUCAUGUAUUUGAUGAUGGAGAUUCAACACAUUCUGAGUUUGGGAUUAUACAAGAAACCUUGAAAAUACUAUUCUCAGAGAUGAGGAAAGGGUAUCAUUUUUGA